GCUAAGAUUCUAUGGUCCUUAGAUUGAGUCAGUCUUAAGUUAAGUCAGUCAGGGGUGUGAGUCUAAGUGGUGAGGAGUGGAACUGACUUCCGGUUGUACGCCUGUCACCAUGGUUGACCUGCAUAGUGGUAAGAGCACCACCCCUUACACCAAAGCUCAGGAAGAGCAAGCCACCGCUGUACUUCAGGAGGGAAAAGAAAAAAAGGCUAAGAAGGAAUUGAUCAGGCAGGCCAAGAAGUUGGCCUUACAUGAGGAGCAGGCGGUGAAGAGGAAGAAGUUGGAGGAAGAGAUGGAGAGAUUGAAGGAGGAGGAGGAAGAAAGGAUGAAAGUUGUGGACAAGGAAGAGAUAGAAGAGGAGGAAGAAAAGGAGGAGGAGCCCCUGCUCAGAAGAGGCGCAGGGCAGAGAGGAAAAUCUAGUGGCACCAAGAAUGAGGAUGCAUGGAUGGAGAAGAAGAUCUCAAAGUGGGUAGCUAAUUUAUCUCUGGGAGAAGAGGAAGAGGCCAUGUUGUAUGUUCCCCCAGAGGAGAAGGAAGUCGUAAUCAGGGAGUGGGAAGCAGAAAAAGACCCACUGAGACGUCAGACUAUAGAGGAGGAGGAGGAGAAGUUACAAUGGAAGUUGUGUCUCAGUAGGGAAAAUAAGAGGAGGAUGGAUGAGGCGAACAAAAUGGCGACGGAGUUGGAGGUGAUAAAGGCGCAAAGGGAGGAGAUGCAGGCGCGAGCAGAUAUACAAGGAAAAUUAGAUCACGUAGGUGCAGAAAUGGAGGCGAGGAUAGAAGGCAGCAUAGGCGCCAUUGAGGGCGCAAAGCUGGCCACUCCAAAGGAGGAGGAAGUAUGUCCCCUUAGGGAGCCCGUUAAGAUAAAGUUUCCUGAACCCUACAGUGGGAAAAAGGAAGAAAACUUCGAUAACUGGGAGGCGAACGUUAACACGUUGCUAAAGAAAAAAGCAAUCUGGAAGUGGGACAAGGACUGUACAUCAGCCCUAAAGAAGCUAAAGCGGGUGUUGAUAGAGUAUCCAGUCCUUAAGGUAGCCGAUCCGUCCAUGCCUUUCUUUGUUACCAGUGACGCGAGUCAGUAUGGCAUAGGUGUUGUUUUACAGCAAGAUGAUGGCAACGGAUAUAGGCCCGUAGAGUUCAUGUCUGCCAGGAUGCCUUUAGAAAAGGUAGCGAUAUCCACCUAUGAGAGGGAACUCUACGCUCUCAGGUACCACGAAGAUGAAGCUGGAGCGAUGGCACCACAGGUCUUGGAGAAGCUUAGAGAGGCUAACUUCAAGAUCAACGCGAAGAAGUGCGAGUGGGCCAAGACGCAAGUCUUAUACUUGGGCCACGUGUUGGACGGAGAUGGCAUUAUGUCAGAGGACAGCAAGAUCGUGGCGAUCAGAGAUUGGCCGACGCCCCGCACAUUGACAGAGUUGCGGUCGUUCCUAGGCUUAGCUAACUACUACAGGAAGUUCGUGAGGAACUUCUCCACUAUCGCCGCUCCCUUGCGCAGGUUGUUGAAGAAAGAGACAAUCUGGCAAUGGGAUAAAGAUUGUACGUCUGCGCUAAAAAAGUUAAAGCGCGCGUUAAUAGAGUAUCCUGUCCUCAAGGUUGCAGACCCGUCCUUGCCAUUUGUCGUCACCACGGGCGCGAGUCAGUAUGGGAUAGGCGCCGUGUUGCAACAAGAUGACGGCAAUGGCUAUAGACCCGUAGAGUUCAUGUCCGCGAGGAUGCCUUGUGAGAAAGUCGCUACCUCCACGUACGAAAGAGAACUCUACUCCCUCAGGCAGGCUUUAGACCAUUGGAAGCACUACCUACUUGAGAGGCACUUCAAAUCUACUUGGACCAUGAAACACUUAGAUGGUUGAAGACCCAUGCCAAGAUGACACCUAAGUUGACCAGGUGGGCCGCAGAGAUAGACCAAUUCGACUUUGAGCUCAAGCCAGUGAAG